UCAUAACAAACGCGAGUCGAGACUUGCAGCGAGUAGUGACGGCUGUUUCGCUGAGAAGUAAGAUCUAAAGUGUCUAAAGCUUUAAAGUAAAAUCUUUUAUACCGUUUACGUCCCGUGAAAAACGUUCAGAAGUCAGAAAUGCUCGUAAUUGAAAGUUCGUGGAACUCUGGCUACAUGUUGGCUAGAUUUUACUAGACGUUGAAUGUUUUUACCGGUUCAAUCUACUGAAUGGAAAGGAUUUGAUCAGUAUCAUGGUUCGAUGCAAGGGCACUAAGGUGCUCCCAGCAUUCUUCGCCUGGGCAAUCUUAUUAAUCACAACAGCUCUUUUCUUUUAUUUUCCAUGUAUGUGGUUUUACGAGAAUGUUUCAAUAUUUAUACCCCUGUGUGAGGCUGUGGUGACUCUCUUUGUGAUAGCCAACUUCAGCCUGGCAACAUUUAUGGAUGCUGGAGUAAUUCCUAAAGCAUCUCCACACGAGGAUAAAGAUGAUGAUUCCCGCGCUCCUCUAUACAAGAAUGUGGAUAUCAACGGAGUGACCGUGCGGAUGAAGUGGUGCGUCACUUGCCAAUUUUACCGGCCGCCCCGGUGCUCUCAUUGCUCCGUUUGCGAUAAGUGUGUCGAGACGUUUGACCAUCACUGUCCGUGGGUCAACAAUUGCAUUGGUCGUCGGAAUUACCGCUACUUUUUCCUAUUCCUCAUUUCAUUAUCGUUGCACAUGGCGGCUGUCUUUAGCUUUUCGACGUACUUCUUGAUCCAGCACAAGGACCGUCUCACUCAGGUUCCCACCAUCGUUUCACUUUGCCUUGUCACGCUGGUGGGCAUCCUUUCGGUGCCCGUAUUUGGGCUAGCAGGGUUUCACGUGGUUCUCGUUGCCAGAGGACGGACGACCAAUGAACAGGUGACGGGCAAAUUCCGCGGCGGCUUCAAUCCCUUCUCGCGGGGAUGCGGCGCCAACUGCUGCUACGCUUUGUGUGGCCCACAGUUUGCCAGCUUGGCUCAACCGUCGCGUUACGUGGGCCGAAAGCCACACCGCUACACGUUCAGCUCGGCGACUAACAACGUCCACAACUCUGACGUGUCCCCCGAUCAGGUUAAAGUGUAUCUCAACUCUGGAGGACAUACCAAGGGCAAUGGAACAGGGCCCGGAGUCACCUACAACAAAUUGCAGUUGUCACCCUCCAGACCGGCUGCCAUCAGCAUGCUGGAAACGAGAAACGGGAUUGUUGACGAUAUGGAUGAUGAAAUGGAGUUGACUGAAUUCUACAAUGGCGCUGGCAGCCAAUCAGUGGAUUGCGAAGCAUCACCUCCAUCUCUCCAGAGAGGAGGCUCCAAAUCAAAUUUCUUUAUCGUACCGGCCAAUUCAGGCUACGGGAUGCGACCAGGAGGAGAUUUCGGUCAGUCAGACAUGACUGACACAUCCUCUCCACGGCGGAUGACAACAGUGCAAACUUUGCGCGGGCCCAACGUUCGUGGCUCGCCUCAUCCUUUCAGAGCUAACCGAGGUGGUGACGGCCAGCGAUCAAGAUCUCACACACCAGAUGAUCUGUUGAAUGCCGAUGCCGCUGCCAUGGGGAUGAACUUUGCCCGUCCUCAAUCGAUUCACGACGUUCAGAAUCCCACCAAUGCUGGGGCAAACUUGCAACAGCGCUUGCGCGCCAUUGGCGGCGUCCCUACUCCGUUCGCUGUCGCGCCUCGCGGCGUCUACACCGAUUACAGCCGACAGAGGUCUGCAACGGCAGCAGGCUACGCACCGGAACAUGGAAAUAAUGACUACCGGGUCGAUCCGGGUGUCGGUGGUGGAUCACCAACCUAUGACUACAGCUCAUCGGGCUACAAUACGCGGCCUCAGCAGCCUGGAGCUCAAAGACGAGUCAAUUCAGAAGGCGAACUGUUGUCCUCUUAUCACCGUGGCGACGAUGGUGUCAUGAACUACUCUAUGCCUAUGACAGAACGUCGUUCACCAGACACGUACCACGAAGCCCUGUAUUCCUCACCAGCCCGACCAGGGGUCUAUUCUCCGACAGCACACGUUAACAAUCGUCCUAUACCGAUGAACACAACGUAUAGGAUGAUGGAAAACGGCCAGCAAGACUUGGGGGGUCCACCGUUGGCCAAGCAAACCCGUAGCCAGGCUCCGACAUCCAGUGUCUACGAAGUGAACUAUGAGAUAUCUGUGUAAUGCGAGCAAAGUGGUUGCCACUCGAUCCUAUCGACCCCACCAGUGUGUGUGAAUGAAACCAGAUUCUUCGUCGCCUCAGCCCAAAAAAGAAAAAAACUCGCUCACGGACAAAUCAAGCAAAUGAACUAGAGAUAUAAAUGUUGAAGGAAAGAAAAAAGGACGACAAUAGAAACCGUUGGUCUCUCACCUCAAACUUGCCAUCGGAUUUCCUCAAGAGCAGACCAGAGGAAAGCAAGUUAAAACAGGGAGCUCCGCCAUUAAAAACAAUUGUAAAGACAUUUCUCUGUUUUGGUUUUGAUUUCUUUCUCUUGGUCUAUUAUAUCUCUGGUCGUUGGUCAAAACAAUUUGAAAGUGGGUGGGAAGUGUAUGAAUGUGGGUGUAUUUUGAGCGUAGAGGGGAGAUCUUUUCCAGUGUGAUUGUCAGAACAGUUUCUUGUUUAUAUGAUUAGAAUGCUAAUAUGCUGUGUCAGAUGAGACUAUUGAAAAAAUCGCUACACUGGUGGGUUGAGACUAGUCCACUCAUCGGGUGUAUUAUCACGAUUUAUGUUUCUAAUUAUUUUCUUGCCCAUGGGACAUGACAUGUUUUUGUUUGCUUCUUCGUUUUCUAUUUCAAUUUGUGUAAGAAAUUCGAAAACAUUAACUGUUUAGGUUGCCAUUCUGAUGACCCACCCUUUUGUAUUAUAUUUUUUUGCCACUCUCGUCGUCCUCGUUUUUGCUUUUUAAAUAAUUUGUGGUGUCCCUCCGUCCUUCAGUGGGUGACCAUUUCGUCUUAAAAGAUCGUUUAUGUAGACGGGUGUUCGUAAUUGAAGGACGAUGAGAAAUCAACCGUGACCUUUGAAUACAAAGUACAGUCCACGUGUAA